AUGCCGGAGUCUCCGUGCAGUAUUCACAGGGUUGGAGGCGGUUUACUGCGUUCCCCCUCAGAAGACAAAGACGUGGGGGCGUAUUACGACUUUCCACCCCCGCCAACAAUUAGCUACCAAUUCGAUGAGCACUUCUCGCGUGAAUAUCUCAGGAAUUUCCCGCGAGAUGUCACCACCAACACGGUAUCGACGACGGCGGACGUCGUCAACUGCGACGAUUUCGACGUCGACGUCGACGAGCAGCGUCAUUUCGACGACUACACGUCGCGCGACCAUCACCAGGAGCUGGUGCAGUUCGACCUGGAGCAGCCGCUGUCGGUGCGGGCGCCCAGCAUCGUUCUGCCUAAAACGAACCUCUAA